AUGCCGCGGGUGUGGGCUGUCGUCGUGGCGUUGCUCCUGGGAUUCGGAGCUCUAGCUCAGGCUCAGCAGUGCAGCUUCAGAUCGGGAGAUCUCAGCGCUCGCUGGUAGAGACGAAGGUCUUUGAAUAAAAUUAUGAAGACCUUCAGGCAAGUGGUCGACGGCGACCUGACCGUCGAGUUCACAAACAAAAAUAUAGGAAACAAUCAAUGGACAGGAAUCGGAUUCGGAUCAGAUAUGGUCAGUUAGAAUGUUUCUUGAGAACUCCACAGUGGUCCGUAUUAGGGCGAAAAGCAGCUCCUUUAGGGGUCGAAAAAGUGAUCCCCAUAGGGGUAAAUUCGAGGUUGCCUCUAUACGGGUCUGACUCCCCCCAUCACUCCGAAAACAGAUCGCCACAUUUUUCUGAUGACUAAAUAUCUCUAGAGCAACUUGGAAGUGGUCGUGGUGACUAUCGAAGACAACCACGCCAAGCUCGUCACAGGCUUCACCCGCGGCUACGGCGCCCCCACUCUCGACUCCUCGUCUUCGGUCGCCGCCCAAAGUAUCAACUACAACAGUGAGUUGCUCUUGAACUAACUCCUAUUAACGCACCACGGAAAAAAGUCAUCAAGUUAAUUUAAUUUACUAGAGAAUGAUCUCACCUGACAUCAGGCUGAGGAUUGAAAAUUUGUAGGAUGCUGGGCCUAGGUAGGGACUUUCGCAAUUGAAAAUUAAAUUUUCUCUCACUUAGGCUUACCAUCAACUCUCAACUCGAUAUUCAGGUAAGAUAAUUUUCUAGGCAGAACUUCAUUAAAAAGCAACAUAUGAAUGACCUGGUAUGACGUUCAUAUGUUUCUCAAGCUACUAGGAACUGAAAGACUCAACCUUUUUAGUAGCUCCAGAGUGGUUCCUAUAGGGGCAAACUUAGGAGCCUUUGGAAAGUCCCCUCUAAGCACCACUUUACCUACCCCUAUAGAGGCCACUAAAGCUUGCAAAAGUAGUCCCUAUAGGGUUUCAGUUGAUGGCCUUUAUAGGAGACAUUUUUUUGAAAUUGAGAGACCCCUAUAGGGUCCACUUGAGCUAUAUGGGCUAAGGAGUCAGACGCUAAACCCCUAUAGGGACCACUCUGAAAUUCUUGAGAUUCUUAGUUUAAAAAGUUCUGACCGAUUGUCAAUAGGUUCUAAAGUUCCGAUCUAAGAAAAAAAUUUCCUUGGCGAUAUCAAAUAAUCUCCAGGUAACACACUGGUCGUACGUUUCUCGCGCCCCAUUGGAAGUGUAGGAGAUCGCCUCUUUUCUUUGGAGGACUGUACCACCUGGAACGUGAGUUUCAUCGCGGGACUUCUUAUUUUUUCUUCCGGAAAUCUUUUGGGACUUAAUUAACAAUUUCACCACCCAUUUUUUUAAUUUACCAUAUCUUAACAUGUCAAAUUGCACGCCCCCCUCAAAACAUGUUUCAGUUCGUGACUGACGGGGACUUCCAAGGCGGCGAAAUCGGCUACCACAAUACUCCGCCGACCUCCGUCGACGUCUGCGCCAAUAAGUGCAGCAGGAAAAUUUUCUGAUCGAGACUAUUUCACUUUGCUUUGCUGCUUGCCAUUUCUUCCCAAUACGGCGUCUAUUUUCCGAUUUCUUUUUCAAUCAAUCCGUUCCAGUUCUUCGGUUCCAGUUCUUUGCAAAAUGGUCAGAUUCCUUCGAUAGGAGCCGCCACACUGAGACUUGAUGUGAGUUCAAUGAAAGUAGUUUUUUUUGUUGGUGAAAUGAAAACCUUUUUGUCUUUUUAACAACUGUCAUUUAACUGUUCAAACUUCUGUUCAAGUUGAAAAAGUGUUAUUAAAUUAGAGCGGGAUCAAUAGGAGAGCGAUUUUGACCGUAAAACUUUUUACCCAUUUUUGAAAAUGGGAAUGUAUGUCAAAAAAGCUGUGAAAAACUAGCUAGGAAAAAAGUUUUUGAUGGAAAAUCAACGGAAAAUGACUAGACGCAAAAAUUUCAUCGCUUGUUAGAAGUCAACAGAGAUGGGCGGAACAGUUUUGCAAAAUAAAAAAUAUAUACAUAGUCUGUUUUUCGCGACGCGGUCCCUAGAGGGCCCUGAGGUUGCCCCAAUAAGGACCACUUCCUAAAUUUCUUGAGCCUUAAAAUCAUAGAAAAAAAUGGAAGGCUCUAUAAAGGGACCCUUUUCGCUGCCUUUUUGCAGCCUUUUUUGAGCCUCUCCCUUUUUGCGGCCAUUAUCCACCAUUCCGACUUUACCCGAGUAUGUAGUCUAAUUAAAAAUAUUUCUUUAUUUAAAAAAAAGCCCUCUUUUUUUUGGUUUUAAAUUUUUAUAAGAUAUUGCUUUUCCGCGCUGUUUUGCCGAACUGUUCAGCCAUCUCUUGUAAUGAGACACAAUUUUUUCGGUUAUGUUCUAACGAAAAUCUUUAUAUUUUUUGACUAUUUGAAUAUGAAGAAUUGAUUCGAGUUCAGGACGUGUGUGCGACCUCGUGUCCCAGAGUCUUCGACACACGCGAUCCCAUCUCCAACGCCGUCCCUCUCGCAUCCAUCUACAACAACCGACAAUCGAGCAGAUUCGACACUCUUCGUGGCGGCCAGAAAUAA